UUCCCUCCCUCUCUCUCCCUCCCUCUCCUCCCUCCCUCUGUUUUAUUGCCCUCCCCUGAUGUUGGACAGGAUGUUGUCAUGGCGACGGGGUAAACAGAUGAUAACAAGCCCUCAGCCCUUCAGAGCUCAUUUGAAUGCUGCGACCGCCACUGAGGACCAGAGGAGAGAGAGGAGAGACGGAGGGUGAAGAAGAGGAGGACAGGACAGGAGCUGCUGCUGUCUGACUGUACGAGACCAGAACCUUCAUCUGAGACUGAGGAACAACCAGUCUACCUGCAGAAGGAUCCUGGAACUGCCACUGACAGAGCAGAAGAUAUUUUUCCAUCAUGGCGGAGAGCGCGGAUGUGGAGCAGCUGCUGACGGCUUUUAAGAAGUUCGCUGUUCAUGGAGACACAAAGGCCACAGGGAAGGAGCUGAAUGGGAAGAACUGGGCCAAACUGUGCAAAGACUGCAAGAUUAUUGACGGCAAGAACGUGACCAGCACCGACGUGGACAUUGUCUUCUCCAAAGUCAAACAGAAGACGUCUCGAGUCAUCACAUACGAGGAGUUUCAGAGAGCUCUGGAGGAUUUGGCUCCAAAGAGGUUCAAAGGUCAGAGUAAGGAGGAGGCAGUGCAGUCCAUCUUCAAACUGGUGGAGGGUCGAGAGCCCACCAACGUCGGAGUGACGAAAGUGGCGAAGACGGCGGCUGUGGACCGUCUGACCGACACAUCCCGCUACACCGGGUCACACAAAGAGCGCUUCGACGAGAGCGGGAGGGGCAAAGGUCGCGAGGGCCGGGAGGAGAUUGUGGAGAACACGGGAUAUGUGGGAGCGUACAAGAACGCCGGGACGUAUGACACCAAGAUGAAGGCUGAGAAAUAACAAGGCGGGAGGCAGCACCCCCUGCUGGGAGCUGACAGGAAGUACAGCUCCUCUACAGCACUUAGUCUGGAUCAAACCUUGAACUUUGACCCCUCUCUCUCUCUUUCUGUGUGUGUGUGUGUGUGUGUGUGUGUGUGUGUGUGUGUGUGUGUGACAGAGACAGAGAGAGAGAGAGAGAGAGAGAGAGCUAGCUAAACACACUGACAGAGCUUCAUUUUCAGUCUGAUGAGCUGCUCUCAGAUCAGAACUGUAGACUCUAUAAACAUGGAUAUGACAGAAGUGAUGCGGUUUGCCAGCAAUGAUACCUGAUCAGGUGUCCUCGUUAUGAACAGGACAGUCUGUAGACCUCAGUAAUGUCCUGAGACUUCAGUAAUGUCAUGAAUUCUGAUAAAUGUUGUUGUAUCAUCCAGAUUCGGUCCCCAGACAUCCUCUCAGCUCACUGUUUCAGCUCUGAGGACACUUUUCAUUUGUGUCUCCAGUCUGCAGCAACUUUUGGAUCCAUGUUGAAUUAAACUGAAACAGAAUCUGCAGCUUCCUGAGAACUGAAGCCAUAUUAGGAUUUUCUCUUUGUCUUAUAAUCUAAUAUUUUAGCAGCCUCGCUCUUCCUCUGCAGUAUAAUAGUUGUAAACUGUUAGUGUCUGUCUAAAGCUCUUUCUGUUUGGAGUUGGUGCAGGUGCAGAAACUGGAAGCAACUUUAUUGAAUGAAUAAAGACCAAAAAACUC